CAUCAAUUUACUCGUGAUGUCUAUUAUUCCUACUAUAUCCCAAAUAUUCCUGAUUCUUCAUUGAACUCACAUCUGCAAAGUAAUCGCUUCGAAAAUGCGCUUCAUGCUGCACUGUGGAACAUUCAGAAGCUGUCUCCCGAUGAAGGGGAUAUACUGAUGAAGUAUGUGUACAAAGCAAUGGAAAUAACACCUGAAAUUCUUAAUCUAGAUUUGCAUCUUUCAAAUAUAUUUUUUACUUGUUAUUUUGCUCGUUUUGGUCCCGGAUCAAUAAUACGCGUCUUCUCUGACCAAAGUCGCCUUUGA